AUGGAUAAUUCAUUCAUUCAACAACUAAAUGCACAAUGCACCUCAAUAUGCAUUACAAAUUCCAAAAACCAGACAUUUAUUACUGAGUUUGCCUUGCUUGGGUUGACUGAUCUAGUAGAACUUCAGUUACCUGCGUUUGCUGCCAUUUUGGUAUUUUUUCUAGUAAACAUUACAGGAAACUUCUUUAUCUUGAGUUUUACCAUCUCAGAUCCAAGUCUCCACACUCCCAUGUAUUUCUUCCUGGGAAAUUUAUCCUUUUUUGAUAUUAGCUUCUCCUGUGUCGUUGUGCCAAAAAUGCUUGUAGACUUCUUGUCCCAAAAGAAGACCAUCUCAUUUGGUGGUUGUAUCUCCCAAAUGCAUUUUUUCCAUUUCCUUGGGAGCUCUGAGAUCACGCUUCUUACGAUAAUGUCUUACGACCGCUAUUUGGCUAUCGGAAACCCUUUGCAUUAUACCAUCAUUAUGAACGCUAAGGUAUGUCGCCUCUUAGUUGUUGGAUGUUGGGUCAUUGGAUUUCUGCAUUCUCUACUGCACACGCUGCUGACUGCUAGGCUUCCAUUUUGUGGACCUAAUCUGGUGAAGCACUUCUUCUGCGACAUAAAACCAGUGGUAACUUUGGCUUGUACAGACAUUUCUCUCAAUAUUAAUCUUCUCAAUAUGAUUACUGGUUUCCUAGCAACCGUUUGCCUGCUUCUAACAAUUUUUCCUUACGUUCUAAUUGGAAGGUUGCUCUAUAACAUAAAAGUAACCGAGGGCAGGCAACGAGCAUUGUCUACCUGUAGCGCUCACUUUACAGUCGUUCUGCUUUACUAUGGAACAGCUGUCUUCACUUACUUAAGACCUUCGACACAAGGAUCAUUAAAUCAGGACCGACUUGCUGCAGUCCUCUUCACUGUGGUGACUCCGGCUCUAAAUCCAAUAGUAUAUACCUUGCGUAACAAGGACAUGAAGAGAGCCAUGAAGAGGGCAGGAAAGAGAUGUUCAUUGUGUGCUAGAGUUUAA